AUGGGUUGUUGCCUUAGUACCACCACCAACGAAACCUCCAAACCAAACCCAGAUGUUGUUGUUAAUCCAAACCACCGCCAUUUCCACGAAUCUGACCCCCACGGCGGAGCUCCUCCACAACCACCCAUUCCGUCCCCUGUUGAAGAAGAAACCGUGAAAGAAGUGCUCUCCGAAACUGCCAUCCCCAAACAUCCCACUCCCAUACUCAACAACAACAACAAUCACCUUCAUCACCCUGUAGUUGAGGAAGUCGAGAUCCAGCCAACGGCUCUGAUUAAACCAUCAGAAGAGAUCGUCUCUGAGGUCUCUGAUUUUUCAGAGAUGUGUAGUUUCAGCGAGAGCUUGUCCACGACGCUGACAGAGAAGAGGGACGACGACGGAGAAGUGACUCAGAGAGUUCAGAGGUCUCCGGCCAAACUCCCCCAAAAGAGGCCGAAGAUCGAGAAAGGGUUCAGAUCUCCGGCGAGACGAUCGGAGCCUUCGCCGGUGAAGAGGACUCACAUUGCAUCAACUGCGUCCACGUCAGUUCAAGGCCGGAAAAUGACGUCAGCGGGGCGGAAUGUGGGAGCUCCGAAUGGGAUUCGGCGAGAUCCCGGCAGAAGGUCGAGGUCGCCGGUGACAAGCGGAGAGGCGGGGAUUCAUCGGCCGGUGAGAUACAGAAGCCCGAAUUUGAACGGAAGGAUGCCGGAGGAGACGGCGGAGAGCGGUGGCGGGAGGAAGAAGCGCGGCGGCGACGCGUCGCCGGAGACGAAGGAGUCGCUUGAAAACCCUCUGGUGUCUUUGGAGUGUUUUAUUUUUCUGUGA